AUGUUCGGCGGCGGCUCAAGUUCAGCGCCCAAGGCGGAGAGCGACUCCAAGGAAGAUCGCAAGUCGCCCUCGCCCGACUCCGAGAAGGCUCAGCCCAAGGCUACCGAUCAGGUCGUUAGCGGAGACAAGAGGAGUGGCAACAGCAGUCCCCCGGGACGUCAGACCGAUGGAGCCGCCGAUAAGAAACGCCGGGCUAGCGGCGUCUCGAGCAAGGCUGCCGGCCUGCUGGCUCACGCAAAGAACACAUUGAAUUUCUCUCAGGUUGGCCGAUCCAACUCGGAUGUGAGCGCGCAGACUCCUUUGCAGAAGCUGGGCAAGCAGGACCCCGCACUCGUCGUGCCCCAGGGUCAGCACAACAACUCGGCCGGAGAGUCUAUUCCCGGACCGCGUUCCACCUUCCGUGUCGGCGUCUGGGAAGAUAGGAACAAGAAGUGCCGCCGGACGAUGGAGGAUACCCACGCUUUCCUGUACAACUUCCUCUACACCCCGGCUCCUGACAUGGUCGAGACGGACAACGGAUACUUUGCCAUCUUUGAUGGUCACGCGGGAACUUUUGCGGCAGACUGGUGUGGAAAGAAGUUGCACAUCAUCUUGGAGGACACCAUCCGGAAGAACCCCAACGGCCCCAUUCCAGAGCUACUCGACCAAACCUUCACUUCAGUCGAUGCGCAGUUGGAAAAGCUCCCUCUUAAGAACAGUGGAUGCACCGCUGCUGUCGCUGUGUUGCGUUGGGAGGACAGAGUACCAAGUGAUCGAUCUGCGACUGGUUCUCAGGCCAUUGCGCCGGCCACCGCAGCGGCCACCAAGGCUGUCAAGUCAAACUCAGAGGAGCCCACCGGCGAUAAGGCCGCCUCUGCGAACAGCCCGGAGGCUGCACACGCCAAGUUGAAGAGCUCGGCUAGCCGCCAGCGCGUUCUUUACACGGCCAACGUCGGAGACGCACGCAUCAUCCUCUGCCGCUCUGGCAAAGCCUUGCGUUUGUCAUACGAUCACAAGGGUAGUGAUGAGAAUGAGGGUAAACGUAUAGCUAACGCUGGCGGUCUGAUACUCAACAACCGCGUCAAUGGCGUGCUGGCUGUCACGAGAGCCCUUGGCGAUACCUAUAUGAAGGAUCUUGUCACCGGGCACCCGUACACAACCGAGACCGUUAUUCAGCCUGAGAGUGACGAGUUUAUCAUUAUAGCAUGUGAUGGACUUUGGGAUGUUUGCUCUGACCAAGAAGCGGUUGAUCUCGUUCGCAAUAUAGAGGACCCGGUUGAGGCUUCGAAGCUUCUGGUCGACCAUGCGUUGAAUCGUUUUAGUACCGAUAAUUUGUCUUGUAUGAUUGUACGUUUGGACAAGGCUGCGCUGUUAGAGAGCCAAAACGACAAGGAAAGCUCCAUUGGCGUGGAGCGACCUCCGACGACUGCGGCCAAGGUCAGCGAGGCUGAGAAGAUCGUUUCAGAGACGAAGAAAAAGAUUGCGGACGGUGGAACGCCUGCUAUUGGCGUGUCGGCGAGCAACAGUGGACGCGGACAUGACCCGGCGUCCAUUGACAAUGGGGACUUCAAGCCCACGACGUUAGAUGGGACGCUCGAGGAAGAGCCCGGACCCAUUGAAGAAAAAACUGAGUCUCCGGAGAUCGCCCGCGAUGCUCCUCCUGCACCUUUACCUACGGAGGUGGAGCAGACUGACACGGCCGCCAAGGCGAAGAAGGCCUAG